CUUUGAUGCACCUCGCGAUAAGGAUAAGUGAAUGGAGAUGUUGUUGCUGCCUGCAGUCAAACUACACGUGAGAUAACACAGCGCCACCGUCGGCAAAUUUAUGUUUAAACUGAUAAUUCGUAAUCAUCUCGUCUGAACCAAAAAUAACCCUUUUUUCUAAAAUAUAGAAACUGAAAUGAGUAUAUUUUUACUUGAGAAAAUAGAAUAUAUACAAGAAAAGCACCUUAAUAAUGACAGACUCAAAGAACAGACAGACAGAAAAUUUCAGUCUGGACGCUGACAAACGUUUCCGGUUUGAUUAUCUGUGAAAUGUUCUUCCCUAAAGCUUGUGGUUGAAUUCAAAAGAGAUGCUAGCAUAUAUCGCUGGUAUGUAAUGUAAACUUACUCAUUUUACGAUGAAACUCUUGUGGGUAGUUCAUAUCGUGGAAGUAUGUCGGAAUUUGGUUUCAAAAGCGGUGGCAACAUCAAAAGAUGUAUGGUUAUAGAAAACUCAAAAAUGAAGAAAAGUGGCAAAGUUCAUGUUGACGAAAGUGAACCAUCAGGAGACGAUGAAUUGACCUUCGAACACAGAAAUGUUUUCAUUAAGAAAUCAAAGUGGGUUACAGAGGACUAUGACGUCACGGAUCUACUGCUGGGCAGGGGAAAAUUCGGAGAGGUUAAGAAAUGUAAAGAGAAGAAAACUGGGAGAUUCUUAGCAGCGAAGUUCAUCGCAGUAAAUGGUCUACAGGAAAGAGAUGACGUCAUAAACGAAGUUGACAUCAUGAAAACUCUCCAGCAUCCUCGUCUGUUGCAACUGUAUGACGCCUUCGAGAAAAAGGACACAUUUUGUAUUGUAACAGAAUUAAUUUCGGGCGGAGAACUCUUUGAGCGGGUAAUUAAUGACGACUUUAUCUUAACGGAGAAGGCCUGCAUUAUGUUUGUGCGACAGAUUUGUGAAGGCAUUGCUUUUAUGCAUUGCAGAGAAGUUCUGCAUUUAGAUUUGAAGCCUGAAAAUAUUUUAUGCCUUACACGUGAAGGUAAUAUCAUAAAAAUCAUCGAUUUUGGACUGGCACGAAAAUAUGAUCCUUCCGGUGAUCUCCGAAUUCUGUUUGGAACGCCCGAGUUCAUGGCACCAGAGGUGGUGAACUUUGACCCUGCAUCUCCGGCAACAGAUAUGUGGAGUAUAGGUGUUAUAUGUUAUGUUCUGUUGUCUGGAUUAUCCCCCUUUGUCGGUGAUAAUGAAGCAGAAACUCUUGUGAAUGUGACUUCGGCGAAAUGGGAUUUUAGUGCUGAAGAAUUCGAAAGUAUUUCAAAAGAUGCCAAAGAUUUUAUAUCAAGAUUAUUGGUGAAAGAUCCAAGGAAACGAAUGACCGCGCGAGAGUGUUUGGAUCAUAUCUGGCUACGGCGCUCGCAGAAAAGAGAAGCACGGCUACCGGAGCGAUCGCUUUCCAAGAAAAGAUUGAAGAAAUUUGUCUUCAGGCGAAAGUGGCAGAAAGCCGUCAAUGCCAUGCUAGCUUUGAAAAGGAUGGGGGUCAACUUGACGUAGUACUGCAUAAUGUUUGCAAAAGGUACAAGUUCAACAACAUGUUUUUCUAUUGAUGACUUUUGGAAUCGCAAAAGCGUUAUGACCAAGUUUGGAAUAGAGCCACACAAUGUUUAUGUAUAUACUGAAACAAAGAUAUGAUUACUUAUUUCAGUGUGCUAUAAUGCAUUCCUACACUUACGAUUCCAAAUCAUGGUUGUAUCUAUUGUGUGGUCUAGAAACGUUAAACAUGUACACACGGUGGAUCUCAUCUUAGUACUCGAGAACCUUUCAUUUAUAGCUAAUGAGUAAUUAUGAGGACAAAUGACGCUUUGGUCAGAUAAUCAUGUUCAAUAACAACGUUGCCUAUCUUGUCCUAAUGGAAUGUUUUUGAAAUAGGCUGAAGAAAAUGUCCUUGAUGAAACACUCCAGACGACGGUUCAAUACUUUCUCUUUAGCCACGGUGAAAUUAGUUUUACAUUUGCUGAACAAACGUCAAAGAAUUUCUACAGGUUUGGUUAUCUGUCUAAAACGGACCUAUACCGCUGGCAUUUCCCUCAGUAAACCUCAAGAAAUUCUAGUGAUAAUUCAAAUUGGAACCACGCACAGUUUGUCAACUUUGAUGUAUGUAUUUGAGGGUCAUUGGCUUGUGCACAAUAAGGUAGAGGACCUUUCUGGGAAAGAAAAAUGAUGACCCCUUUCUUGUAUACAUGAACAUGUAUUUGUAUUCGGUAAGACGCUAUUGAAAAAAAAAAUCUCUAAUCACAUAAGACAUUUGUCCUGAAUUUAUGUUGAGAGUUGCCAAAGAGUAACAUAUGAUGGUAAAUGUUUGGCCACAAUUUUUGCAAAUUGUUGCAAAAUUGUUUAUUGUUUUUUCCCCAUACUUGAUGAAUAGAUGCAUACAUGUGUAUGUAGAGUAUUAUAACAUGUGCAUGGACACUACAUUUAAGUAAGAAUUUACAUAACUACAUGUACGUAUGCUUACAGAAGGAUGUGUGCUGAUAUUCAUAUUUCCCUAGUAAACAACGUUAAAAUGGCUGAUGGCCAACCUUACAACAAAUGUAAGACGUUGUAAAUAUAUUUUUUUGUUUUUGUUUUUUAGCAUAUCAUCUUAGAUACAACAAGGAUUUUAAAUUAUAUUUUAGUAGGAAUAUUUAUUUUGAAUAAAAUAAAAUAAAAGGUAUAUGUGCAUAUAGUUCUAUGUUUCAUGAUGCCGUCAGUUAACAUAGAUAUCAAAGUCCACUUAUCCAAACAGAGAUAGUCUUCUCAUUAGGUACUAUACUACUGAAACACACAGAUAUACCUGUAUGGGACUAUAUCAAAUUGUAUUUGCAGUAAAAAUAAAAUAUUAAAAGUC